AAUAAAGGCCUUGAAUCCUUGAAUUCUUGAAGAAGUUGAACUUUUUCCGGUUGGAGUGUGGCGUCUCCCACAUUCCUGUCGAGCCGGUGAACGCACCACUUUAGGUGUCCUUCCCACUGCCUGCAGAGAAACCGUAAAUGUCACUAUCGGCAGCGCCGCUUCUGCCCUCCAAUGCUGGACUUAUUCCCCACAUGCUGAGUUUCGGCGUGUCCCAGCCUGCACGUCCUUUUAAUGCCCCUCUGACCCGCGCUGCGUCCGUCGUCUCUGUUCGGUGUCUGUAAGCGUUCGCCGCAGCCAUGGAGUGUCGCGUCUUGUCCAUUCAGAGUCAUGUUGUCAGGGGAUACGUCGGGAACAAGUCGGCAACGUUCCCGCUGCAGGUGCUGGGCUUUGAAGUGGACUCCAUCAACUCUGUGCAGUUCUCCAAUCACACAGGUUAUGCCCACUGGAAAGGACAGGUGCUGACAGCAGAGGAGCUGAACGUGCUGUAUGAGGGCAUCAAGCUCAACAAGGUGAACCACUAUGACUACAUCCUCACAGGGUACAGCAGGGACACAUCCUUCCUGGAGAUGGUGGUUGAUAUUAUUCAGGAGCUGAAGAAGGCCAACCCCAGCUUGGUGUACGUUUGUGAUCCUGUUAUGGGAGACCAAGGUGCUAUGUACGUUCCAGAGAACCUGCUGCCAGUCUACAAGGACAAAGUAGUGCCUUUGGCCGACAUCCUCACCCCGAACCAAUUUGAGGCCGAGCUGUUAACUGGGAGGAAAAUCAACACAGAGGAAGAUGCUGUUGAGGUGAUGGACCUGCUUCAUAAAAUGGGUCCAGAGACUGUGGUCCUCACCAGCACAGACCUACCCUCCAAACAUGGGGACCAGUUCCUGGUGGCGCUUGGGAGCCAAAGAACAAAAAAAGCAGAUGGGACCAACACGAACCAGAAAAUCUGCAUGGACAUCCCCAAAGUGGACGCUGUGUUUGUGGGAACAGGAGACCUGUUUGCUGCCAUGUUGUUAGCCUGGACUCACCAUCACCCCAAGGACCUGAAGGCUGCUUGUGAAAAGACUGUCUCAGUCAUGCACCACGUCAUUAAGAGGACCAUGACUUAUGCCAACGAGAUGGCUGGCCCCGGGAACAGGCCCAGUCCUGCACAGCUGGAGCUGAGGAUGGUUCAGAGCAAAGCCGACAUCGAGAACCCGGCCGUCGUCGUGCACGCUAAAGUUUUACAAAAGUCUUCAUAACGAAGACGGUAACGUUUCUGUGAACGUUCGCAUCGUGCUGGUUCAGAUCUGCUUCUCGUCCGGGCAGUGUGCCAGACACAUGUAGGAUUUUCACGUGUCUCUGCCUUACAGAACCUCUGAGGGAGUCCAACUAUGUCUUCAGAAGUGGUCAACAGGAUUUGUUGUCUGUACGUUUCUGCUCACAAACACACUGGUAUCACUGCCAUAUGUGUCUGUACUAUGGCCUGUGUAGGCAUCCUCUGCCCUCGAUUCAAAACAACAACAACAAAAAAAAGGACAUCAGCCAACUAUGUUUAGGUUUAAGAUAGUGUAAAUGUACUUGAAGCCUCCUUAGCAGAUUGAAAAUAAGUUCUUGCUGUAAAACAACUCAUUCCAGUUAGGAUGACUAGAAACCAGUAACGUAUGCAUGAACACGCCUCUACUUGUUUUAAGUCAGGACGCAUCACACGUACUUCAAGUGUGCCACUCACAAGGCAUUAUAAGCACAUCAACAUACUGUCUGUAACUCAAUGAAAACAUACCGGCUGAGGCCACAACAUAUUCAUAUUUUUCUGAAAUGAAUGCAUGCAAUGUGCUUAAAAUGCACUUGGGUGUUUUAUCACUUCCAGUAAAGUGUCACACACGUUCACACUGGAUGCAUUAGAAGUGCUGAGAUGUUUAAAUAUGUCGACAUCUUAUGCAAUUAACAUGCAGUCUAGUUUCAUUUUUCCAUUUUGCUUUGAUUAGUUUUAUUUUCGACGAACUUUAAUGAUAAUCGUGAUAAUAGCUGAUGUCAAAAAUUCUUCUUUUAAUCAAUUUUCUGAGAAGGUUUUUCACCUCGUUGUUUUUAAUUAUGCAACGCUUUCUUGAACUAGCAAGUGUUAGAUCCAUGUCUUAACAUCUCAAAUUGAGGUAUUUGCACAGAUAAUCUUUAAUAUAUUUACUAAUGAUCAUUGUUUUCAGUCUUGACUGUUGUCAUAUCUCAAAGAAAAGAGUCUGGAGACCACGCUGUAUAAUAGCCUUAACGGGGUUAGGAAGGCUACAAGCAUCGGUUGUGAAUGUUUUUAUUUUUCUUCUUUGUGCUAAUAACUGAUCCUCACACAUAAUGUUAGAACGUCAAGUGCCAAACCUGGAGCUACUGCUCUGCUGUGGAGCAAUAGAAGAACAGAAAUAAUAAAUUAUUAAUCUUUUACUGAAA